AUGAAGAAGUUUCAGCAGCUACCGCGGGCUGCAAGGGACGCGGCUCGCAUCGUGAAGUACACCCCGUGCAACCCGCAGGAGAUGAUGCAACUGGACGACGAUCUCGAGGACAUCGCGAUCGUGAGCAACGCGGCUCCGGAGAGCGUGAAGUACGGCAGCGGGUCGCUGACGGCCAACGGGCCGCGGGUCGUGCCGGGCAUCAUCACGACGACGGCCGACCGCUUGCAGCAGAGCGCGGCUCGCAGCGUCAGCCACACCCGCAUCCACACCGCUUCGCCGGCCCUCUACGGGACCAAGUCGUCCGAGAACCUCAAGUCCGGGUCCAGGCAGUCGCUGCUCGAGUCCAUCGGGAACCGCUUCCCCAUCGGGGCCAAGCGGCGGUCGCGAGACUCCACGAUGGCCUUCGUCAACAAGGGCCACGUGGGCAGCGAGCUGGAGAUCUCGAGGAAAACCCGGGAGCUGAGACGCAAAGAGAUCAAGCGCGAGUUCGAAAAGUGCGAGUCGUCGUCAGCGAGCAGUUCCGACAGGCCCACCUGCAACUGGUCCUUCGUGUUCGAUCCCGCCGGUCGCCUCUGUUACUACUGGUCCAUGGUGGUCAGCGUUGCCUUCCUGUACAACUUCUGGGUCAUGAUAUACCGCUUCGCAUUCCAGGAGAUCAACAGGUCCACCAUCGGGGCCUGGUUCCUCUUCGACUACCUGGCAGACCUCCUGUACGCCUUGGACAUCGCCUUCCACUUUCGGACAGGUUACCUGGAGGAAGGCGUGCUCCAGACGGAUUCCGUCAAGCUCCGUCAGUUCUACAUGAAUUCCACCAUGUUCUACAUCGACUGCCUCUGCCUCCUGCCCCUGGACGUUCUCUAUCUAUCCAUAGGUUUUAAUUCUGUCCUACGCUGUUUUAGACUCGUCAAGAUCUACCGUUUUUGGGCCUUCCUGGACAGAACUGAGCGGCACACGAACUACCCCAACGUGUUCAGGGCUCUGAGCCUGACCCAUUACGUUCUAGUGAUAUUCCAUUGGAACGCUUGCUUUUAUCACAUCAUCGCCACCAAUGGAGGUUUCGGCUCCCGAGACUGGUUUUUCCCAAGCGAAGGCAACUGCAAGGACACCAUGUGCGAGUACCUUCAUGCCUUCUACUGGAGCACGUUAGCACUCAGCACAAUCGGAGAACUACCCCGACCUAGGACUAAGGGAGAAUAUUUCUUCCUAAUUCUUGAGCUAACCACUGGACUCUUUCUAUUUGCUGCAGUGCUGGGGCAUGUAGCUAACAUCGUCACAAAUGUCAGCGCAGCAAGGAAAGAAUUUCAAGCACGUCUUGAUGCGGUGAAGACGUACAUGCGCAUGCGCCGUGUCCCCGAGCACCUCCAGAACAAGGUUAUUCGCUGGUUCGACUACUUGUGGGUGACUCAGAAGUGUUCGGACGAGGAGCGCUCCGUGGGCUGCCUGCCGGACAAGCUGAAGGCCGAGAUCGCCAUCCAUGUGCACCUAGACACUCUGAAGCGCGUCGAGAUCUUCCAGAACACCGAGGCAGGCUUCCUCUGCGAAUUGGUGCUCAGGCUCAGACCCGUCCUCUUCAGUCCAGGAGACUACAUCUGCAGGAAAGGUGAAGUAGGCAAGGAGAUGUACAUCGUGAACCGCGGCCGGUUGCAGGUGGUGACAGACAAUGGCCGCACGGUGCUGGCAACCCUGCGAGCAGGUAGCUACUUUGGCGAGAUCAGCGUCUUGAACAUGGGCACGGCAGGCAACCGGCGCACCGCUUCAGUCCGCUCACUCGGAUACUCCGAUCUAUUCUGUCUCUACAAGCACGACAUGUGGGACGUACUCAAGGAUUAUCCGGCCGCACGAGUCCGUCUCGAAGCCAUCGCCGUCAAGAGACUGCACAAGUAUGAGAAAGAACCCUUACGAAAAGUUGCGAUGGGCCGCUGUCGGAGCACACCAGGUUUGGUAGAAUCCAAAGGGAGAAUUCGACUCGAAGACAUGGACAUCGGCCCCGCACCAUAUAACGUAGAACCUUCCUCUAUCUCUGCAGCCACACUAUUCGACGACAUGGCGGACAAUGAGACUCACUCGUCGCACCACGACACAGAACGUCGCAGCACCAGUAGCAGCAACACCAACUUCGGUGACGCCGGUGGAAUCCCAAUGGAACCGAUCUCGAACAUCAGCCAGAAGGUGUCGGAAAUGCAGAAAGCAUCUCAGAGGCGGACAUCUUUGGGCGCAACUUUGAUAGGCACAAACAACAACACACAGAAGAGGCUUUUGCCACCACCUCCUGCCAAAGUUCUGAAGCCAGCACCCUCAUACCAAUCCUUGUACUCAUUGUCCACGAACACCAGACCCAUAUCGCCUUAUCAAAACACCACAGACAGCCCUUUCAUCAUGGACAAGAACAUUGUCCAGUUUCCUUUCGGGAGGAUACCCCCAGAACCAUCUCAAGAAGCUUUACUCGCCGAAAUAAAGAGACUCAGGGAACGGCUUGUUACGCUGGAGGCUGACAAUGCUUCUAUGAGUCUGAAACUCAGCCAACAGCAGUGGGAAGUUCAGAACAGAUUGGCCGAAAUAGAACUGCAUAUUUGCUCGACUGGUAGCGGCCAAGGUCCACCAGGGCCGACAUCAAAUAGCAGUGGCAGCGGGGACGAUUUCGAACGAAAUAGAGAAUCCAUAAUUUAGAUGCC